ACCUCAUUAGCAUAAACAUCGUGUCGAGGCCGAAGUUGAGAUAAAGAUGGCGGCUGUUAUACCAGGUAGUCGCGGUGGUUUUGUAGACUUGGCUCAUCUCGUCACCCUCACUGGGCUGUCAGACCCUGUAUUAAGGCUAAUCUCCUCGCUUCUCAUAGCUUACCCACUUGCACUGUUUUACAGAGUUUUCUUAUACAGGGGAAAUCCUACUGUUCAACAUAUCUUUUUUACAGCAACUGGUUUAUCCAUCACUUACUAUUGUUAUGGCCUAGGAACUACCCAUUCUGUGGUGAACAUUACUCUUUGCUACUUGUUGUUACUGUUUGGAGGACCAACAACCAUUACUGUUGUUCUCUCAUUUAUUUUGAAUAUGGGUUACUUGCUGCUUGGCUAUACUGCCAACGCAACUGGUGAUUACGAUGUGGAUUGGACAACACCUCACUGCGUCUUAUGUUUGCGUCUUAUUAGUUUGACAUGGAAUUAUUAUGAUGGACAUGAACCGAAGGAAAUCCUAUCACCAGACAAGACGACUGCAUUGAAAAAACUCCCCUCCAUUCUAGAGGUGUUUGGCAACUGUUAUUUCUGUGGAGGAUGCGUUGUUGGGCCCCUGUUUCCCAUUAAGUCCUACAUUGACCUUGUAGAAGGCAAACUCAUCGAUAAAAAGGAUGACAACAACUCCUGCAUUCCAGCAGGAUUCCUGCGAUUCCUGGGUGGUAUUGCAUACCUUGGCCUUCACAGUGGUUUGGCUGUAGUCUUCAGUAAUGACUACUUACUCUCAGACAACUUCCAGACCUUUUCCUACUGGAACAAGAUGUGGAUUAUUGGAGUCUGGGGGAGAGUUGCCUUGAUGAAGUACCUUGGUGUCUGGCUAACCUCAGAAGGGAGUUGUAUAAUAUCUGGACUGGGUUACAAUGGUAAGACUGAAGAUGGCAAACUUCAGUGGGAUGGUCUGCGGAAUAUGAAGUUAUCAAUAUACGAAGUGUCAUAUACAUAUCAGCAUAUUGUAGACUCCUUCAAUAUCAACACAAACAAAUGGGUCUUCAAAUACUGCUUUAAGCGUCUCCGUUUCCUUGGCAACAAACAUGUUUCGCAUUUCCUUACGUUGAUGUUCCUGGCACUAUGGCAUGGGAUAUUCAUUGGUUACUUCUUUGCAUUCUUCAUGGAGUUCCUGAUUAUUAUCAUGGAGAAGCAGAUUUUCACCAUGUGUGUGCUGAUAUCCAAGAAGCGUUGGUCUGACCUGACAGCAUUUAGCAAAGCAGUGCUCAUCGCAAUCCAGUGGCCGAUCAGGUUUAAUGGUCUAGGUUACUGUGCAGUACCCUUCUGUCUCUUAUCGUGGGACCGUAUUCACAGGGUCUAUUCCAUCACGUACUACACAGUCCCAGCAGUCUUAGCGACCUGGUUCAUCCUCUACCCGACAGUCAUUGCACCCCUAGUGAAGGCUUUAGCACCACGACCCCCCUCCGAUAAAGAAAAGUUGAAAAAGGCUGAAUAAUCAAGCACAUAAGUUCUCAAAUUUGCUCCAGAGUUUUAAAUGUAAUGUGUCUGUUGGUCCAUUUUUGUAGACUGGUGAAUAUACUAUAUAAUAAUAUUUUUCUCCAUUAAGAUGUUAGAAUCAGUUCAGAGAUAGAUAAAGAAUCCCUAAAGUCUAAACUUGAAAUGAUUAUUCAAUAAAAUCAAACAAACGCUUUUUGGCGGUCGAAA